UCAAUAAUAGUUGAAAAAAAGCGUAAUUAUAUCCGUCAAAAGAGAAACCAUUUUUACCCUUACGAAAGAACAACAAAUUUCCUGCCAAAUAAAAGCCCUAAAUUCUCCUUAAUAUUUUGUUUUCGCUUCCAAUUCUUUACAGUACGUUCCAUCAAUGGCAGAAGACGAAGCCGUUGAUCCGAUCAGACCCGAAUUCCCGACGGCAAGGGUCAAAAAGAUCAUGAAACUUGACAAGGACAUCAACAAGGUGAACUCGGAGGCCUUAUUCCUCGUUUCAUGUUCCACCAAUCUUUUCCUUCGAUUCCUCGCCGAGAGAACAGCCGAAGUCGCCGCCGAGAAGAAGAAAAAGACGGUGAAGCUCGAUCACCUAAGAACCGCCGUCAAAAGGCAUAGACCAACGAGCGAUUUUCUUCUCGACUCACUUCCUAUUCCAGCCGAGUCUACUCAAUCCGUUGCUCGCUUCGCGACGGAUCGAGAUCGUUCCCGGUCCGUUGGUGAUAAAUCCGCCCCCGCUGGAACCCGCCGCAUAGACCACUUCUUUCGUAAGCCAGAAAAUGAAGCUCCGAUUCAGAUAAACGAUGCAUAGCAUUUCCUUUUUUUUAUUAGCGAACUCUACAGUAAAUGCUUGUUUGCUUUUUAUAAAUUUCCUUGUACUCGAUUAUGAUUAGUUAUUCAAUUAUUGCAUUUCUUGAGUAAUGAAAAAUUGAAAA